AUGACAGCGCGGCUGCAGCCCAGCACCACCGGCAGGCAGCACCAGCAGCACCAGCACCAGGCGGGACACCACAAGGACGCCAACACCAAGGCCGCCCCCGCCAUCCGCUCCGACGGCAGAAGGGCCAACAAGCCACUGAUGGAGAAGCGACGCCGAGCCCGCAUCAACCAGAGCCUGGCCGCUCUCAAGACGCUCAUCCUGGACUCGGCACGGCUGGAGCAGAACACGAAGCACUCCAAGCUGGAGAAGGCGGACAUCCUGGAGCUGACGGUGCGCCACCUCCAGCGGCAGAAGGCGCUCGGCUCCAGCUCCGUGCUCUCCAAGUUCCGCGCCGGAUUCCAGGAAUGCGCCCGAGAGGUGGGCCGCUUCCUGGAGUCGCCCGAGGUGGUGCUGGCGCCGCCCGAGCCGCACGCGUCGCUCAAGCAGCGCCUGCUGCGCCACCUGGAGAGCUGCGUGGCCGAGCUGGACCUGGACCUGGGGCUGGCGAUGCGCGCCGAGGAGAGCUCCAAGCCCGACUCGAGCUCGGGCCAGCCGCAGGCCCCGCUGCCCGGCUCCUCCUGCUCCUCCUCGUCCGCCUCCGCCUCGUCCGCCGCCUCCAGCACCGCCCCCGCGCCCGGCGCCCCCGCCGCCAGGGGCGACGAGAACAACAACCGCGGCCAGCGCACGCACAGUGCCAGCGGGAAGGCAUCCCCGGGGUCGCUACUGGGUAGCCGCCUGCUGUCCGCAAGCCAGAGCCCGGAGCCCGCAUCGCCGCUGGACGCCACCAACCCCCUGCUCUCCGUCGUACAGGUGAUUCCGUCGCGGCUGCCGGACGGCCAGCUGGUGUUCCUGCUGCCGUCGCACUACGUGCAGCUGGCCGCCGCCGCCGCCGCCGCCCUCGCUGAAAGUCCUCAGGCAGUCCUCCAGGCAAUGGCGAACCCUGGCCUUCGACCUGUUGUCCUAAAUGUAACCUCUCCUGUCAUUGAUGCUUCCCACCACACAUUCUUCCCCUCUGCCACCUCUCUUAUGACUGAGCCCAGCUCGCUGGAAGUCCUCAUGCAUUCCUCCAGGGUGGACGAAGCUGACGACGACGACGACCAGCCCGUCGACUGCUCGGUCGGGACGGCGGCUGCCAGGCUGUCCCCUGAGCCCGCGGAGGCGGCCAUGGACGCCGCUGGAGCGCUGGAAGCCGAGGAGGGUCCCGUCUGGAGGCCGUGGUAG